ACGAACGACGACAACGACGGCGACAGCAAGCAAUAUGUCGUCUUCUUCGCAAAAGGAAGCGAUGCCCGGACCAUCGCUGCGCAUCGUGCCUGGCCCACCUUCGCAGAACUCGGUGACGCUCAACGCGACAGAGCACCACGUCCACAAGGGCGUGCACGACACAAUGCGCUUCGGGCCUCGAAGCCUGGCACAUGAGACAUCGGCAUCUGCUACACAGCAUCCUCUACAGCAUCGUCUGGAGCAGUGGGAUGAGACGCGGGACAAUCUCAAGCUCACGACGAUGCGCAACAUCUACGGCGUGGGCGCACCAAUCCGGACGCUGAUGGAACGGAGGAUCGUUGGCCAUAACCCACAUUUCCCUGCAUUGCACUCAACACAUGUGGGAGGUCCACGAAAGGGUCUCUCUGGGCUCCACCUCGACAUCCUCAGCGGCAACGAUGAGACAAUCGAUCCCGCUGACUUCCUGCCUUCUGAUGCAUCUGGUGGCGACCUGCACGACAUCCACUCUCACAUGGAGCGCAAGCACCGCAUCUAGACCAGUGGCUUGGAGCGAAAUGAGAAUACACUGAUUCAAUCAAGUGGCUUCUUUUUUGACAUGAAAAGACGAUCUCUGAAUGUUCUCUGAGUAUGAAGCUGUUUGGAGGACCGGCCUAACGGUAUGAAUUGAAGGAUACUUAGAC